AUGGGUGGACAAGACGAAUCCAAGAGCCCCGCCGCGUCCUACGCAGACGAAAUGCAGAAACAAACCCGCCGAGAACGUCGCUUCGACGACGUGGAAGCCGAGCUUCCCAACCCCACCGUCCCGACCUUGCAGUCGGCCUUCUUCACCGCCAGCGGCCUCCUGUCGCAUCUGGGGAGCUACAACCCGUGGGGCAGACCCGUGACCGAGGAUGACAUUGUCUGGUUGAUGGACAACACCGCAUACAAGCCCUCGCGGCUAGGCAGCUGGCAAGCCGAGUUUAUCGCCGCCGUGUUCGAGAAGGAGCCCAAGUGCAAGGUGGUCGACAUCGUGCAGGGUGUCGCGAAAAAGUUGGGACUUGCUGAUGAUGCGGAGGAGUUGAAGACGAUCGAGGAGAGGAUACUGCCGUUCUUGUGGGAUGUGCAGCCGUCGAGACACCUGCGGGUGAUCAACCACAAGAAGGAACUCAAGCUGGGCCCUUCAGCGUCGAACGGCAUUAGCACCGACACGUUGAAGAUUCACGAGCAGCCGGCGGGCGCGAUGGUUUCGUCGAGCGCCAUGGUGCCGCAAGGGACGUCGGGUUUGCUGAAGAUGCACACGUUCUUUGCGGAGCCUGAGGGGUGGUCCAUUCUUUCGGAUAUUGACGACACCAUCAAGCUGACCCAGACGAGCGACCCCAUUGGCAUCCUCCGCGAGACUUUUGUCAAUGAGCCGACACCCAUCGCGGGCAUGCCGGAGCUAUACAAGAAUAUUCAGGCAAUGCUGCCUCAGGGUUCGCCGUGGUUCUACCUCUCCGCUUCUCCGUACAACCUCUACCCGUUCCUGAGGGAGUUCCGAGACCAGUACUACCCGCCAGGAACCAUCAUACUCCGCGAUUCAAGCUGGAAGACCGUUGCAGGAUUGCUAUCGGCAUUGACGCUGGCGACGGAGCAGUACAAGGUGGAGCGCAUCAAAAAGGUGCAUGAAUGGCUUCCCAAGCGGAAGAUGAUCCUCAUUGGCGACUCGACGCAAUCGGACCCCGAGGCUUAUGGCGACAUCUACCGCCAGUUCAAGGGCUGGGUCAAACUCAUCCUGAUUCGCAAGGUAACCGACAUCGCAGCCGUGGGUCUCGCCGCCAAGAAUGAGCCGGAGCGCUUCGAGAAGGCGUUUAAGAACGUUCCCCGCGAUGACUGGCUCGUAUUCGAGAACCCAGUCGACUGCAACAAGAUUAUCCGCGACGUCAUUGCACAGGGUUAA